GAAACACACUGUUGUCCUGGGAAAUAGAUGCAGAGUGAGACCUCUCUCUCACACACACUCACCGUGUUUCUUAACUUUAAUGUGUGUUUCUCUCCUGUAACCUUUAUCGGUCUGCCAGCUACACACACACAAACACACACACACCAUGUUUGCCGUAAGAAACGCUCUCCGCCUCGGAUCCAGGUUGUCCGUCCCCGCGGUGGCGCGGAGAGGAUGCGCCGGUGCCUCCACCCCGGUGGACGACGUGGUGAACGGACUCACCGAGGACCAGAUACAGCUCAGAAACACGGUUCGCAAAUUCUACGCAGAAAAGCUCGCACCUCAGGCUGAUGAGAUCGACAAGAAGAAUGAGUUUCCAGGAAUGCGGGAGUUUUGGAAAGAGAUGGGGGAGAUGGGACUCCUUGGCAUCACUGCCCCAGUGGAAUAUGGGGGGACAGGUUUGGGCUACCUCGAUCAUGUCAUUGUGAUGGAGGAAAUGUCGCGAGUCUCAGCGGCCAUCGCUCUCAGCUACGGCGCCCACUCGAACCUCUGUGUCAACCAGCUGGUACGCCACGCCACCGAGAAACAGAAGGAGAAGUACCUGCCAAAGUUAUUGACAGGAGAGCAUGUGGGAGCUCUGGCCAUGAGUGAGCCCAACGCUGGAUCUGAUGUCGUGGCUAUGAAACUCAAAGCCAAGAAGGAAGGUGACUACUACAUCCUGAACGGCAACAAGUUCUGGAUCACAAACGGACCAGAUGCGGACGUCCUUAUUGUUUAUGCGAAGACAGAUCCAGAGGCCCAUCAAAAAGGCAUCACAGCUUUCAUAGUUGAAAAGGGAAUGCCAGGUUUCUCUACAGCACAGAAGCUUGAUAAACUUGGCAUGAGGGGAUCCAACACCUGCGAGCUGAUCUUUGAAGACUGCAAAGUCCCAGAGGAGAACGUCCUUGGUCCGUUGAACAAAGGUGUUUAUGUGUUGAUGAGCGGCUUAGAUCUGGAGAGGCUGGUGCUGUCGGCCGGACCUGUUGGCAUCAUGCAGGCAGUUCUGGACUUUGCUGUUCCCUACCUUCACGUCAGAGAAGCUUUCGGACAGAAGAUCGGCCAGUUUCAGCUGAUGCAAGGCAAGAUGGCCGACAUGUACACCAGGCUGAGCUCCUGUCGGCAGUACGUCUACAACGUCGCCCGGGCUUGUGACAAAGGACACUUCAAUUCAAUGGACUGUGCCGGAGUGAUCCUGUAUUGUGCGGAGAACGCCACUCAGGUUGCUCUGGAUGGCAUUCAGUGUUUGGGUGGGAAUGGCUACAUCAACGACUAUCCCAUGGGGCGAUUCUUGCGUGACGCCAAACUGUACGAAAUCGGCGCAGGCACAAGCGAAGUUCGCCGCCUCAUUAUCGGACGAGCAUUCAACUCCAUGUUCAAAUGAUCAGAAGUGAGAGAUCGUCAAAGACUGUACGAGUGGUUUUGUCGCGGAUGAACAGUUACUCACACCCAGGGCCUUACACUGUAUGAACUGUAGCUGCUGUUAGGAUGUUGUUGGAAUAUCACGUGUGACAGAAUCAACUUUUAAUUCACAUAUAUAACAUAACACGAAAUCACAUGAUGCUGAUCUUACAAACAAAUUAAAUGUUGAUUUACUAAGUUAAGUGGUGUUAAUGUCAUUUUACUAGGCAAACUAGUUUCAGUUAAAGCGACUUGAUGCCCACUAAAAUGCCAAUUAAGCAAUACAAUUACAGGUAUCGAAACAUAUAAAUGGGCAGUAUCGCAGAUCUUCCUCUUAUGUGAUCAGAGGUAAACGUCUUUUUUUUAUUUCGUGAUUGUAUUAAAGUGUCCACCCAUUGAUGUGAUGAAAACUGAUCCCUGUGUUAUCUUGAACACUCCGACCAGAGCUCCAAAGCUGCUGCUAUCAAGAGUUUGACAUUAAUAUGUGAUGAAUGCUGCUUAUGUUCACCUACAACAACAACAACAACAAGAGGGUUGAAUCAUCAAAUCAUUAUAUAAGAACAGCUGAUGUAUUUGAUGGUAAUGAGGAUGCAGAUGUGGGGCUCGGUGCUCUGGGACACUUUGUCAGGCUGUAACAGUAAAUAUCAAAAGAAGUUAAGAUUUCACUUUAUCGUAAAUGUGUGGGGCGUUUUUCUGUGUGUGUCUGUUUAACAUCCAUUUCAUGAUCUCAAUGCAAACCGAACUGUUUCUGAUCGAUAAGGAAAAGCAGCUGAUGUCUGAAUAUUUUGUUGUAGAGAAUUAGCAUUAGAAAAGAGUUUGUUCAUUUUAGCAGCAAACAUAUUCCACAUUGUAUCCUGUCUGUACAGUGCGAGUGGAGAAACCCUCCUAAAUAUUUUGUCUUUUCUCCAGAGUAUCAAAAUUUAAAUGUACAGUGUGAAAAUAUGUAUGUAAUAAAGUAGUUCUGUUUGCAGUAAAUAACAGUAAGUAAAAAAUAUUCUUA